CCCACGAGUAGGACGACCGCAGCUGACGAGUGCUUUCAGUUCUUCAGGGAAGCGCAUCUGCACGAAGUGUCUGCUGCCGCUGUAACAUCCAGUACUUCGUCUGACUGGUUCGAUCUUCGCGAUGGAAAGCGGUUUUGACAAAUUAGACGCAGCAGGUUUUCUGCAGAUUUGGCAACAUUUUGAUUCUGACGACAAUGGCUACAUUGAGGGCAAGGAACUGGACGCUUUCUUUCGACAUAUGCUGGAAAAGCUGGAACCUAAGGAUGCGAUAACAGAGGAGAGAGUGCAGCAGAUCAAGCAGCGCUUCAUGUCUGCCUACGAUGACACGGCCGACGGACGCCUCCAAAUUCAAGAGCUGGCCAACAUGAUCCUUCCAGAGGACGAGAACUUCCUGCUGGUCUUUCGGAGGGAAGCCCCAUUGGACAACAGCGUGGACUUCAUGAAGAUCUGGAGGAAAUACGACAUGGACAGCAGUGGCUACAUCAACGCCGUGGAGUUGAAGAGUUUCCUGAAGGACCUGUUUGCCCAGCAUCAUAAAGACGUUUCUUCCUCCAAGCUGGAUGAAUAUGUGAACGCCAUGAUGAGCAUUUUUGAUAAAAACAAGGAUGGGAGUUUGGAUCUAAAUGAUCUGGCCAGAAUUUUGGCUUUGCAAGAAAAUUUCCUGCUGCAGUUCAAGAUUGACGAUAAGAGUCAAGAGGAGCGAAAACGUGACUUUGAGAAAGUAUUUUCCCACUACGAUGUCAGCAGGACUGGAGCCCUUGAGGGCCCGGAGGUGGAUGGCUUUGUGAAGGACAUGAUGGAGCUGGUCAGGCCCAGCAUCAGCGGUCCUGAGCUGAACAAGCUGCGCGCCGUCCUCCUCAGCCACUGUGACGUCAACAACGAUGGAAAGAUCCAGAAGAACGAAUUGGCACUGUGUCUGGGGGUGAAGCUAAACCCUUAACUUCCCUCCACACUCCUCAACACCAACACUCCCCAACACUCUGUGCCUAUGUUCAGCUGUGUGUGUCUGUGAAAUGCACUGACAUGGUUUGCAUGUAUCGAAUGACCAAGUUUUCAAACAAAAUGGAAAAAAAGCUUUUUGUGUUUUUAUGUCAUUGUAUCUUACUGGUGCUUGUGUAGACCUGUUUUUUCUGCUAAGACAACAAAAAGGGAGUGAUUCAUCUUCUCAGUAGCAAAUUCAGUUUGGUGAGCUCUGUGACAAGUGUGCAUGCUGUGUUGUUUGUCAUCAUUGCAGAUCUGUUUGUUUAUUGUGAUAAGUUAAAUACCUGAGACCUUAUUAAAACUACAAAUUGAUUUAA